CAAUGUUAUGUUACUGGUCACAAUUUCAUUCAUGGUUAUUUGUUUUAAUUUUUAGAAUGGUUUUGAUAAUUUGCUUUUUCCAAAAUGUUUUGUUGUGGCUCUGUAUGAAAUGUAUUUCAAAUGUAGUUGGACAAUCAUAACCCAAUGCUAUAGCAAAAACUGCAAUACAUUUUAGCCACAUUGCUUUUUGGCUGCAUUAUUCCUAGCAGCUAAAGUUGAGGAACAACCCAGAAAGCUGGAACAUGUUAUCAAAGUGGCCCAGAUUUGUCUUCACAGGGAGCAACCUCCACUUGACAUCAAGUCCGAGGUUUAUAUGGAGCAAGCUCAAGAACUCGUUGUGAAUGAAAAUAUACUUCUCCAGACCCUUGGAUUUGAUGUCGCAAUAGAUCACCCUCAUACACAUGUUGUAAGAUGUUGUCAUCUAGUCAGAGCAAGCAAAGAUCUCGCCCAGACAUCCUACUUCAUGGCGUCUAACAGCCUUCACUUGACAACAAUGUGUCUUCAGUACAAGCCAACAGUUGUAGCUUGCUUUUGCAUCCAUUUGGCCUGCAAAUGGUCAAAUUGGGAGAUUCCUCAGAGUAAUGAGGGUAAACCUUGGUUUUGGUACGUGGAUAAAAGUGUUACUCAAGAGCUUUUAGAACAAUUGACGGAAGAAUUCCUUGUCAUAUUUGAGAAGUGUCCUUCUAGACUUAAGAAGAAAAUAAUGUCUCUGUCUUCUUCUAGUCAGCAUUCUUCUAUCCUCAGUGCAUUCAAUACACCGGAACAAGAUAAGAAGAGAAAUGGUGAAGGUGGCAGUUCCGCUCAUCAAAAUUCAGGAGUACCUUACCCAGGCUCAGCCCCAAGCAGCAGCAGUGGCAGUAACAGUAGUGGUAAUAUAACCUCUUCGAAUGAAGAAAAGAGAAAACUGGAGUACUCACAGAGGCAUCAUGCUGAUUACAAGAAACCUCAUAUAUCACACCAUUCAAGGAACGAGAAUGUGCCAAACAUGUCAUCUAAGUCUUCAUGCAUGUUUGGCCCUCCUCAAAGAACACAACCACCCCCUUCUCAUGCUCCUGGUGUAGUUGCCAACGCUGCAAGUAGUAAUAAUAUGAGAGCAAGUCACAAACCACCACCGCCUCCUCAAGAUCAGAGGCCUAGGAGGCCUGAGCGCCCUGAGCAUCACCCUCAGCCACCAUACAAAAAGGAACAGCAACAUUAUUUUCCUCAACAGCCCCCAACUGUCGAAGUACCUAAACCGGCUAGUGUUCCUCCAGUUCCUAAAGUAGAAAGGUCUAUAUUUAGUCCUGAAAUUUCAACUACACCAGAACCCAAGCCUGAACCAAUUUUGAGGAUAAAAGAAGAGAGAGUAGAAGAACCACCUCCGCCUCCUCCGCCCCCACCACCUGUUGUUGUAGCCCAAGUUCCUGUACCUGUAAUAAAAGAAAAAAAAAUAGAAAUCGAACCGGAAGUAGUAGAGGUUAAACCCCCAGUAGAAACUGUUUUACCUCCAGAAGUCGAAGAACAACAUAAAGAAGUCAAAAAGAAGAAAAAGAAACAUAAAGAACACAAAGAAAAGCACAAAGAUAAACACAAACACAAGAAGGAAAAACAUAAGGAACCUGGACCUAUAGUAAUCACUAUCCCAAAAGACAAAUUGACGACAGUGCCCCCUGUGAAGGAACAAUCUCUUAAAAUCAAGAUCGCAAAGGACAAGAUAACACCUAUCACUCCCGUGCAGCAAACUUCACCUGUGAAAUUGAAAAUUCCCAAAGAAAAGUUGAAAGAUUCACGAAAGAGGGACCGGAGCGAGAGCCCAGGUGCUGCAACUGGCACAAAGCGACCGAAUGGGGCAGUUCAGGUUGGCUUGGAUGGUGGAGGGCGACAUUAA